AGACUUCUUAAUACCCGGAUAACGCCGGAUAACUUACUGAUUGUAACUUUGUCUAGAGCCGAAUUCAACAGAUGUGUUGCUAGGUAACGAAGGCGUGGCUGAUCUCACCAGAGCAUGUCGGAUGUAAUCUCUGAGCCUACCGUUUCCAUUUCUGUCAAUGAAGAGGAAGAAACUACUGCUGAAGAUCCACUAGAAAAUGAUGAGAACAAACAAGAUCAACAAGAUCUUUCUGGUGAAGAAGCUUUAGGAGUUGAUGCAGUGGAUGACGCACAUGAGGGCGAUGAGAGAAAUUUAAGACCCGCUGCUAAUGUAGAAGAAGACGGAUAUGACACUGAUCUGGAGAUAGAAGAACAAUCUGAACGUUUUGAUACAUCUGGACAUAAACUCUACGUUGACCAAUGUGAGGCACUACGCAUUGUUCCUGUCUCAUUCUUUGUGAGAAAUAUGAACCAACAAGAAAUCGACCUGAAACACCAUGGAAUAGGACCAAAAGGUGCCAAGGCAAUAGCAGUUUCGUUAGUGAGCAAUACGAAUGUGUUGCAAUUGAAUCUGAGUGACAACGGCUUGGACUAUGAAGGAGGAGUUGCUGUUGCCAACAUGCUGAAAGAAAACUGCUACAUAUCACAUCUGGACGUUUCCUUCAAUAAGUUAGGACUUCGAGGUGGUCUGGCUAUUGCAGACACGCUACAAAGUAACAUGUACAUCACGAAUUGCAAUCUCAGUGGGAACGAGUUAUCAGACAAAACGGCUGAACAGUUUGCUGAGGCUCUCAAGGUCAAUUACAAAUUGAAGGAAUUGGAUCUCAGCCACAACAAACUGAGUGAGUCAGCAGGCACUGCUCUUGGCCCGGCUAUUGCCGAAAACGAGGGAUUACAUAUGCUGGACUUAAGUUGGAACCAUUUCAGAGGGAAAGGAGCUGUGGAUGUUGCCAUGGGGUUGAAGGCAAAUCAAGUUCUCAAACGUCUCAAUUUGUCGUACAAUGGGUUUGGCAAUGCUGGUGCCCUUGCGAUUGGAGAUGCACUAAAAGUAAACAGCACUUUGCUGGAACUAGACGUCAGCAAUAACAGACUAACUGCAGAAGGAGCUGCGCUGAUUGCAAAAGCUUUGGAGGUCAAUGAUACACUCAAAGUUUUGAAGAUUGGAAGGAACCCAUUGACAACUGCAGGAGUUUUAGCGCUACUGUCAGCUCUUGUCAAGAAUACAAACAGUUCUAUAGAGGAGCUUGCUUUCACGGAUAUUACAAUCAGUGAGGAGAUAGCAAAGAUGAUUGAAGAACUGAAACAAACUCGGCCAGAGUUGCACAUUGAGCAUGGCGGAAUUGGAGCCAUCACAAAACCAAAACCCAGACAAGCUCCCAUGAUUGUAUUGAAACAAUAUAUCGAGGACAAGAAUUUGAGACUUGUGGAUUUCUUCAAUCAAGUGGACAAGGACAAGAGUUUAAGUGUUUCUCCAGAAGAGUUCAGAAAAGGCUUGCAGAAUGCUAAAAUCCCAUUGAAAGAGUGGGAGAUCACACAACUGAUUGCUCAGUUGGACAGCAAUGAUGAUGGAGAAAUUGAUUUCAGUGAACUUGUCGAAGGAGCACAGAAUGCUACAGAAGAUCUUAGAGAACAGAAACGGCUGGACGAGAAGGAUGAGAAUGCCAAACAAUCUGUGCUUGUGGGACAUAAAUAAUUUAUAAUAA